AUGUCGUAUCCCUUUGGUAAUUAAUUUUAAGCAGGGAUGCCUAAUGCCAAAUACAAAACAACCCUUUGCAGACACUAUCAAGCUACGAGACAAUGUGCCAUAGGAGCCAAAUGCCAAUUCGCUCAUGGACAUGAGGAAAUGAGAUCCAUAAAUGAUCCAAUUCCGUCUGCUCUUAUCGCAGUUUUAGCAGUCCCUCCUCCUUUUUAGGAAAUUAUGAAACCUAUGAUGCCUUAGUAACCUGCUUUUAAAAUCCCAUGCAAAUAUCAUGCUUAAAAUUAUUGCAAAAAUGGAUAAAAUUGCCAGUAUUCUCAUGAUGUCGAUAUUUAACAACCAAUGAUUCCCAAUAUUAUUAACCCUUAUUAACCAUAAUACCCUUAAGUUGAAAUUAGAUAAGAAAUUAAGCAGGAAGAUCCAAUGACUACUGUAUUUAUCAUUAUAUUAUAAACCAUGGAAUAAAUAUUUUCGAAAGAUGAUAUCAUAUAAAAAUUAAAAAUUGCCUAAGAUCAAGUGAAAUGCGGUAAUUUGACAGUUGGUUCAGAAUGCAUUAAAGCCAUUAUGACAGAUCCAGAGAGAACAGACGAUGAGAUAGAAUAGUAUACUACUAUAUAUAAGAAUGCAUGUUAUUAUUAUCAUCAAUUGUAAUAAGGUUGAAAAAUUUGUUGUUUAAAUAUAAAAAAUAUAUAUAAAUAUAUAGAA